UGUCCCGGAUGAAGUUGAGUCACCCGCGUUGUUGACGUCACUCGAUCUCUGAAAAUGGCUGAGUCGGAAGAGGAGGUGGAUGUUUUGGUCCAGAGAGUUGUGAAAGAUAUCAAUAAUGCCUUUAAAAGAAACCCGAACAUUGAUGAAAUCGGCCUCAUUCCGUGCCCCGAAGUCCGAUACAACAGAAGCCCCAUCGUCCUGGUGGAGAAUAAGCUGGGAGUGGAAAGCUGGUGUGUCAAGUUUCUGCUGCCCUAUGUGCAUAAUAAACUCCUGCUGUACAAGCAGAGAAAGCAGUGGCUCGAUCGGGAAGCACUGGUAGAUAUAACCUGCACAUUGCUUCUCUUAAACCCAGAUUUUACAACUGCGUGGAAUGUCAGGAAAGAGCUCCUGCAGUGUGGCGUGUUAAACCCAGAGAAAGACCUUUACCUGGUUAAACUAGCACUAUCUAAGCAUCCUAAAAGCCCAGAGACAUGGAUACACAGGCGCUGGGUGUUGCAGUGGCUGCAGAAGGAGUGCUCUCCCUCUGAACAAGAACUGAAGGAUCAUGCUGAACCCAGAGAAGACGCUGCGAGGAGACAGUGCGAGAGGCUGCAGAGAGCCUUGCAGGAGGAAAUGAGGGUCUGUGCAGACGCAGCCGGCCGUUACCCCAGCAACUAUAAUGCCUGGUCCCAUCGCAUCUGGGUAUUGCAAAACAUGGCUAAAGGCAAUCUGAAGGUUCUGCAUGAUGAGCUGUCCUCCACCCGACUGUGGGUGUCCAUGCACGUGUCAGAUCACAGUGGCUUCCACUACCGUCAACACCUGCUCAAGGCCCUGGCCAGAGAGCUGAGCCAGGUUGGAGAGACAGAGCUCCACCCCACCAAGCAGCCUAACGGAGAGAGCACAGCGGGUGCGUCUGAUGACAAUCACCAUAAUGACGUCAUCCCUCAGCUCUUCCACGAGGAGAUGGAGCUCUGCACUGAUCUCAUCGAGUCAUAUCCGGGCCACGAGACGCUGUGGUGCCACAGGCGACAUGUCUUCUACCUGUGGCACCAGUGGCGGAGGGAGCACCUGCAGGGGGCAGGGUCACAAUCUCCACCUCUCACCCACACCGAUGUCCUCCUCAGCGAGGAGCCCUGUGACGACAGCAGCACCUCCCAGACCAUGGACGUUGACUGUGUUCUGGACGGGAGCAAACACGGAAGCUACACGCAGGACACCAAGCGACUAAAGCGGGGACCACUGCUUCCCCACCCCGCACUUCCCUCCGAGCACACGUUUGUCUCUAAAAUCCUCACGGGCUGCCGGAGCACCGAGCAAAACCGCUUUGCCAUUGCCUACAGGAAGUGGCUGGACUCAGUUAUAGGUCAGUAGCGUGAGAAAUGCUCCGCCCACCAUGAUAUGGGAGAACUGUGAUAGGUCAACUUAUUUCUGGCUCUAGCCGCCCACACGUGAUUCUCUGAAAACAGCUGGACUCCUUGGCCGGUUUGUCAGAGCUGCUCUGCCAGAGCAAAUUCCCACUCAUGAUGAAAACCCAUGACCUGUCUCGGCAGUCUAAGCCUGGUCUGUUUUAGCUGCUUUAGUUCAGGUACUGGAUAUCUCAGGUCUGUUUUCAGUGUACAAUCCUCUUUUCUCUAUCAGAAGCUACAAGUUUGUAGUUUUUUCAUAUAGUUUUGUUGGUUUUUAUGUUGUUUAAAGUCUUCCACCACAAAUCAAUUACAGUAUGUUCUCAUCAUGUUGUCUGCAGUUUUGCUAUUCCUGCCGGGAAUCUUAAAUGCACACUAUGGUGCACACUUGAAGGGAACACUUAGAGCCCAAAGUGAUUCUGACCCAGUUUCCCUCUUUUGUUUAAUUGAGGGCAGACUGGCUCUUGAAUCCCGUCUACUGCUCCUCUUUGGACUUUUGUACUGAAGCAUGAAUAUUUUUCAGUGAUUACAUAGACGUUUUGAUACAAUCAGUAAUGUGAGCACAAUCAUUGAAUUUAAAGAUUCCUUGAGCCAUUUGAUAUGAAAUAAUAGGGCAUUCAUUCAGGUGAGUAUUUGUAUUAUAUGACAUAUCUGUUGCAGGGUCAGCAUUUCUUCAGUUCAUGCAGAUGAUUCUUGGGCAUUUGAGAAUAAAUGUUCCUGAAGCACAUCGUCAUCACUCAUUAGAAUAACAAAGGCCACGUUGUCACAUGGACUAGCCUCAGCAUUUAAGCACUAGUUUUGGGUUAUAGUUCAUCCAGGUGGGCUCACAGAUUAAUGGGUUUUCAUGAUGAAAGGGAAUAGCAGAAGUAGGAAUAGGCUUUUCUCAGCUUGGCCCAAAUGUGGCUGCAGAAAUAACAUUCUGCCACAUUCAAGCCCACCUUGUGCAGAACGGUGCUUAUUAUCUGCACUGGGGGAGUGUGGACCCCUGAGGGGCCUGGGUUUACAAAUGCUGCUUUUUGUUUAACACUAUUUUGAAAUAUAUUUAUGCAAAUAUAAAAAGUGAAAUGUUGUUAGCUUCACUUAUGUGAUGAUUUAUUAAAGCUAAUAAGCUAUUAGACAGUUAUGGUUGACUCACUGUUACUCAGUAAUUAUUAAACUUGUAAUAAACUGAAGUUUCACAGGCUCAGUCUUGCAUUGACAACUUAAUUCUUUCACAGCUUACUUAGAGUAGGUUGUGAAAAUCGGAUUAGAUAUUAUUAUAUCUCGCUCUUAAAUUAGGACAUGUGCAAAACUGUUCUUGUUAGGUGAAAUCAUUUUAACAUUCUAGCAAAGCUUAUAUGAAUCCAUGUCUUUCAGCAUAUCUGUAAGACUUGCAGAGUUCGAUCUUAAGUUUCACAUCAUAAAAGUCUAAUUUUGUUCUUUAGUUUCUUUUUUGCACAAUUGCACAAGAACUAGAUUUAUGAAAGUAGUUGUUGCAUAACUUCUUGACUGACUCUCAGACUUUAUAAAGGGCCAUGUCAGAGUGCUUUUUUCUGUUCCUGCUUUUCUUGGACCAUGACCAUUUUUUUUUUUUUUUUUUU